UUUAAAAACACCUGACCUUCCGGCCCGCCGAUUCCUGUCCGAGCCACGGCGACUUGGGGCUUUAAAAAGACAUUUAAAGAAAGAGGUCUGUGCGUGAACAAACAUUUUAAGACACCCCACCCCCAUUGCUAACUCAGCGAGCUCCUGAUGAACAGCAGCGGGCCCGCAUACCCCCUGGCCUCUCUGUACGUGGGGGACCUGCACCCCGACGUUACGGAGGCCAUGCUGUACCAGAAGUUCUCCCCCGCUGGGCCCAUAAUGUCCAUCCGGGUGUGCCGAGACAUCAUCACCCGCAGGUCCCUGGGAUACGCGUACAUCAACUUCCAGCAGCCCGCCGACGCUGAGUGUGCGCUGGACACCAUGAAUUAUGAGGUCAUCAAGGGCCGGCCAAUCAGGAUUAUGUGGUCUCAGCGCGACCCCGGGCUGCGCAAGUCAGGAGUGGGCAACAUCUUCAUCAAGAACAUGGACGAGUCCAUCGACAACAAGGCCUUGUAUGACACCUUCUCUGCUUUCGGCAACAUCCUCUCCUGCAAGGUCGUAUGUGAUGAGAAUGGCUCCAAGGGUUAUGGUUUUGUUCACUUUGAAACGCACGAGGCAGCAAACCGGGCCAUUGAAACGAUGAACGGGAUGCUGCUCAAUGAUCGCAAAGUUUUUGUUGGCCAUUUCAAAUCCCGAAAGGAGAGGGAGGCGGAGUUUGGUGCGAAGGCGAUGGAAUUCACCAACGUGUACAUCAAGAACUUCGGAGAGGACUUCGACGACAACAAGCUGAGAGAGGUCUUUUCGGAAUACGGCAAGACGCUCAGCGUGCGUGUGAUGGUGGACGAGCGGGGACGGUCCCGGGGCUUCGGGUUUGUGAACUACGAGAACCACGAGGACGCGCAGAAGGCCGUGGAGGAGAUGAAUGGGAAGGAGCUGAACGGGCGGGUUAUUUACGUCGGCAGGGCCCAGAAGAGGCUGGAGCGGCAGGGCGAGCUGAAACGCAAGUUUGAGCAAAUUAAACAAGAGCGAAUCCACCGGUACCAGGGUGUCAACCUGUAUGUCAAGAACCUGGAUGAUGGCAUCGACGAUGAGAGGCUGAGGAAAGAGUUCGCGCCUUACGGGACCAUCACCAGUGCCAAGGUGAUGACCGAUGGAGGUAAGAGUAAAGGCUUCGGCUUCGUGUGCUUUUCGUCCCCUGAAGAGGCGACGAAGGCUGUGACGGAGAUGAACGGCCGCAUCGUGAGCACCAAGCCGCUGUACGUGGCGCUGGCCCAGAGGAAGGAGGAGAGGAAGGCCAUCUUGACCAACCAGUACAUGCAGAGGCUGGCAAGUGUUCGGGCCAUGCCAGGCCCGAUCAUAGGGUCUUACCAGCAGUCUUCAGGGUACUUCGUGCCUGCUGUUCCACAGCCCCAGGGCCGCUCUUUCUAUGCCCCCAACACAGUGGCCUCGAUCCGUGCAGCCCCUCGCUGGACCACCCAGCCCCCCAGACCACAGGCCCCAGGGCCUUACCCGACCCAGCUGUUGAGGCCGGCCCCUCCCCGGCGCCCCUCCACUCCUAUCAGCACUAUGCGCCAGGCCUCCACGCAGGCGCCGCGUGUCCUGAGCAACACGCAGAGGAUGGCCAACAUCGGCACCCAGACGACCAACGGCCGCGCGCCCCUGUCCAGCGCCAUCGUCAGAGGGGUGAGCCAGUACAAGUACUCCGCCGGGGUGAGGAACGUGCAGCACGUCAUCGCCAUGCCCGGUCAGGUCCCAGUGCAGCAGCAGGUGAUGGAGCCGGCGGUUGUGGUGAGAGGACAGGAGCCCCUCACUGCCUCCAUGCUGGCCGCCGCCCCCCUCAUGGAGCAGAAGCAGCUGCUGGGGGAGCGUCUGUACCCGCUGAUCCAGGCCAUGCACCCCACGCUGGCCGGCAAGAUCACCGGGAUGCUGCUGGAGAUCGACAACUCGGAGCUGCUGCACAUGCUGGAGUCCCCCGAGUCCCUGCAGUCCAAGGUGGAGGAGGCUGUGGCCGUGCUGCAGGCCCACCAGGCCAAGGAUCUCUCCCCCAAGAAGUGACUGGCGCUCCUCAGGCAGCCACUACCAUGGAAAAAGGUGCUUCGUUGAAGAAGGAAAAAGGAAAGAAUUGUAAAAUGACAAUACUAGUCUUGCAAAUUGCAUUUGUUUAGUGAAUGAUGACUGGCAAAGUAACCUGUUGGAAAGAGAAGUUGAAGGAGCCAGUAGGCUGUUUGCAAGGGAAGGUUAUGUUUAUUCAACUUUUGUUAUUUAAAAAAAAGAUAUACAUGUUUGUAGUUGGUACUACAUUUUGUUUUCUUUGUGCAUGAAAUAAAAAAAAAACCUUAAGUGGAUCUGGAGUGAUGUUUGAUUCCCCGAGCUUCACGCUGGACCCGACUCGAGCCCUGGACUGUACUGGACCCCACACUUGGGGCCACAGCCUGGCAGUCGGAGAUGGCGGAUACGCUUCUGUUCUUUGCCGUUCAAUCUUGGCGAGGAUUUGUGGGGUGGGCUGGGGGGUUGGUAGAUUUGGGGAGCAGUGUAGUGCUCCUUGUGGUUGGUGUACAUCUGCUUACACUGUACUGCUCUGAGAAACAGGAGAAGGGGCAGGACAAUGUGACCCAUGGGGAUUGCAGGAGUGCAAAAGGCCAUUCAAGCAGUUUCUGCAACACCACUGUUGGUUUAACCACAGUGUCUUGUGUGCAGUGAAGACUUCAGGUAAAAUUGCUGGUUGCAAUACCCAAGAGUUAACCCAAACAGCGCAAGAAAUCGGCACAAGUCCCUGCUUUUACAAGACUCCUGCUCUUGUAAAAAUACUCGUCACUUAUUUGACCUUUUUAUUUCCACAGUCCAAUUUCCUUUUUUUAACUUGAAAUAGCAUUAGACUUCUCAUAAACUGCAUUUAAAGAGCAUUUCUUAACAUUGUCCAUCUUUAACUACAGGUGUAUGUGCCCAGGAUUUCUGUGAUUAAAUGUACCCAUAUAGACUGGAUAUCUUUCCUACACAGGUCCUGUAUAUCUCCUAUUCCAGCACUGAACAGUGCUUUUGUAAAUGGUUAAUUUUCUGAACACUGAAGCACUAAUAUUCAACUCUCUCAUGUGCCAUCACCUGCUAGACUUCUGGCCAACUUCCAGAAAAGGGAGAUUGGUAUUGCUUUGAAAACAAAAACCCUCAAACCCGUCUUCUCUAACUGUAGAGAACAGAUUUUCAAAUGUUUAUAAUCUUAAGAAUUUACUAUGGCACACCAAGAAAGAAUAGAAAGUUUAUAGUAAAUAGUAAAACUGAUGAAGUUGUGAAACAUCCAUGAGGAAUGAAAAUACCUUUCUGUAACAGUAACUCGUAAAUGUUCUUAGACUGGACAGAAUAGCUUCCU